AUGGCGGCUCCCUCUUCUACGUCGGGGCGCUCCCCCCUCUUCACGCUCGAGGACUCCAAGAUCGCGUUCAACAUCUUCUGCUGCAUCUGCGGUAUCGGGUCGCUCGGCAUGCCCUCCAACUACGCACGCGCCGGCUGGGGCUACGCCACCGUCGCCCUGCUGUUCAUGGCCUUCGCCAACAUUUACGCCACGGUGCUGCUGUCCAAGGUGCUGAUGGUGGCUCCGGCUUCGGUGAAGACUUACGGUGACCUCGGUGAAUGGGUUGCCGGCAAGUGGGGCCGUUUCUUCGUCGUGGUCUCCCACAUGGGCGUGUGCCUGCUCGCCCCGUGCGCGUUCCUCGUGCUGGGCGGCACGCUGCUUGACGUGCUGUUCCCCGACUCGUUCAGCCAGACUGUUUGGAUCAUCUUCAUGGCUGCGCUCGUCAUCCCGGUGGCGCUCAUCCCGACGCUGAAGGAGAGUGCUGGUAUGGCCGUGGCUGGGUGCCUUGGCACGAUCAUCGCUGAUGUCAUUGGCGUUGCGAUUCUCCUGUACGAGGAGCGCGGCCACCCCACGCCGCCCACGCCCGAUGUGACUCUCCACCAGGUUCUCACCACCUUCGGCAACCUGUCGCUGGCCUACGCUGCUGCCAUCGUGAUCCCCGACCUCCAGCGUCAGCACUCGCAGCCCGAACGCAUGCCGCGCGUCAUCAUCGUCAGUCUUGGCCUCGCCUCGGCCUUUUUCCUCGCCAUCGCCAUCAUCGGCUACGUCGCCGGUGGAUGCCAGCUUUCGGGCAACCUGCUCUUCUCCAUCGUCAACAUCUCGGACCCGUACAGCACCACGACCCUGGGCUUCACUGCUAACCGUGGCGCGGUGGUCAUGUCGUACCUCUUCAUGCAGCUACACCUGUCGAUUGCCUUCUCGACGAUCCUGCACCCGGCGUUCUUCAUGGCGGAGCGUCUCGUGCUCGGCAUGCACAAGACGGAACCCCUCGCCAUUGACAACGAGGAGCGCGAGGUCGAGAUUGAGGAAAAAAUGUCGUACCUUGCUGCCGAGGAAGACCUGUCGGAGUACAAGGGCGGUGUGAACGUGAUUCGAUAUGUCCUGGUUCGUAUCGCCUUGAUUGCGAUCCUGGCGGUGGCCUCGAUUCUGGUGAAGGACCACUUCCUCGACUUGGUGGACUUCACUGGCGCCACUGCCAUCACGGUCUGCAGCCUGAUCCUGCCGCUGAUCUUCUACGUGAAGGUGUUCUGGAGAAAGAUCCCGGUGUGGGAGAAGACCAUUUGCAUCACGAUUGCCACCGUCUGCGGUGUUGUGGGCUGCUACGUGAUGAUCUACGCUGGCAAGAACCUGUUCAACCCGGACGAAGGCGGCGCCACGUUCCCGUACUGCUCGGCUGAGUACCAGGACGAGCCAUACUACGUAAGGAAUAGCACGGCGUCGAACUGA